UUUUCUAAACUUGCUCCAUCCAGUUCUACCUUUUAAUGAUUGUUAUACUUUUCGCAGGCUGAAAAUCAGCUAAAUAAACCACAGUCCUUUAUUAUUUUCCAGACCAACCUAAGUGUCAUUUAUCUUUACUUCUGAUUUCAUUGCUUUGCUGGACAACAAACCAAGGUCAGUGAUUUUCUUUUAAACAUUUCAAAUAUUUCUUUGUUGGCUUCUUAUUCUGGCAUGUUUAGGCUGGCAGCCCUAACCACAUAAAAUAAUUUAAUUCUCAUUUAAAAAUUUGUGUCUAAGUACUACUUUGCAAAACAAUGAAAUGUUUAAUUGUAACAUCACAGCUGUUCUGACUGUGAGUCCCAGCAGCUCUCAGUUCUUUGAAGGAGACUUUGUGUCUCUGAGCUGUGAGGAGGAUGACAGCUCUGCUGGAUGGACUCUGAGGAGAAACACAAGCAAACAACAGAGGACUCAGUGUGGAGAUGGGUGGGGGAAACCAGCUGGUUCUUCCUGUAAUAUCACUAUGAUGGUGCCUCAUGACAGUGGAAUAUAUUGGUGUGAGUUCAAUCAGAGUACCAUCAGUAACAUGGUUAACCUGACAGUCACUGGUGGAUCAGUGAUCCUGCAGAGUCCUGUCCUCCCUGUGAUGGAGGGAGAUGACGUCACUCUGCUCUGUAAAACAAAGACCACUCCCUCCAACCUCCCAGCCAUUUUCUUCAAAGAUGGCGUCUUCACUGGGAAAGAGUCUGCAGGUCACAUGACCAUCCAGCAUGUUUCCAGGUCUGAUGAAGGCCUCUACAAGUGUGACAUCAGCGGUCAUGGAGAGUCUCCAUCCAGCUGGAUCACUGUCACAGACAAACACACCACCACACCUCCACUUGCCUCUUCUGCCGGUUCCUCUCCACUUGUCCCGAUGUUGCUGACAGCUGGAACAGUCUGUGUUGUGUUAGUAGUGAUGUUACUGGUUGUUUUGGUGGAACAACAUGUUGACAGGAAACUAAAAGAGAGUGAUUCAGCUGCAGUCGACUCAGCAGUGAGAACAGAAGAUGUCACUUAUGGACAAAUCAUCAUCAAAGAGAAGCCUUUUUAAGAGGCAACUAUAAAAUGUACAGCUGCUCUUCUUUGUCUCCAUCAUGGUUCAAGAUUACCUUUUUUUUAAAUAGGGGUGUGUGAGCAGACUUCUCUGUGCUCUACAGCUAAUUUAAAUGAGAAUGAGAUUUUUUUAAUAUCUUGUGGUCAAACUGUGUUAAAAAAGAAAAAAAAACCCAGACUGUAUCUGCAGAUGUGAUUUGACAUUUUUCAUAUAUUAUCCGUCUAACCAUCUAUUUUUCUUUCAUCUGUGCAAUUCAGGGUCAUGUGGGUGGCCCAAGGCCUAAAUCGGAGAGACAGAAAACCAUUCGCACUCAUAUUCAUAACCUCCUUUUACAAUCAUCAUUUAACCCACUAAUUGUAUGUCUUUGUAUUGGGGGAGGGAGUCAGACUACCUGAAGGGUACUCAAAAUUAUGGCUAUACACAAAACACAAAACCCCCACCCCACCAAAUAACAGUUAAAUAGGCGUUCAUUUUUCACAGCAGUUUCUCUAACUUUUAAAGGAGUGGGCUAAAUGGAGCCUGAGUGGUGAACUUUUCUGGAGCCUUCCCCUCAUCCUAGUCUUUAGUCUUGCAAUAAAUGCAAUAAUGUGAGCUCACUUGCUGGAUUAUGUUAGGAGUCUAUCUGCAGCAUUUUGGGUUUCUUGGAGGUGUGAAAGCCAGUAAACAGGUCAGUAAUCUUUGAACAAUGACACAAAUGCAUUCACAAGUUUCUCUAGUUCAGAGGAGGAGACUACAAUUCUCGGUUUAGAAAUAUUCCUUAAAUGAAGAAAACUGUUUAAUCAGUUUAUGUUAACAUAACAAAUGCUCACACACAGGAGUCAUGUA